GGAAAUCCGGUUGAAGUUGUUCACUUGAUCUGCUGGCACUUUAGUGACAUUUCGCGUAUCUAAUGCGCGACAUUUGUUUAUUACGUUCGUUUCAGUUUUUUUGUUUGUGUAUAAUAAUGUUUACCAUAGCGAAUAAUAAAUGAGUUCGUUCACCUUAUAUGUGAGAUAGAUCCAUAUUUCUGUAGACUUAAAUAAGACGGUUAUGAGGCUUCCGUAUCAAAAACUGCCCAUUGUACGAUAUUUUUCCAUUAUUUUUACUUUAAUUUAUAAAAACCGUUAUGGCAGAGAAGUGUAAGGAAUGCGGCUGUGAAUGCACAAAAUGCACGGAGAAAGAUCUUCAACAAUGUGACAUGCACUUGCACGUAGAGAUAGAAAAUUUACGUCAGCGCCUAUUAGAAAGAGAUAAUCAUAUUAUAACAAUGGAGACGCAAUUUUUAAACGAGGCAGAAAAAUUUCCAAACGGAGAAUUGGCCUCGAUAAAGGAAGAAAUUCUUAUCUGGCAAGAAAAAUAUCAAAGGUUAUAUGAGGCGCAUAAAAGAGUUCAGAAAGUCAAUCAAAAUCUCGAAGAUAAAUUACUUAGAAUAGUGGAUAAGUGCGAGAGCGAGAAGGGUACAUUCACAAAAGAUAUAGCGACGUUAUCUCAUCGUUUGGCCGAUGCAAAUUAUACUAUACAUCGUUUGACCCAAGAUAAUGAAAGGUAUAGAAAUGAUGUGAAUUUGGCCAUUCAAUUACUUCAAUGUAAGCCUUCCAAUUUUGUUGGACAAAAAUAUGAUUCGUUGCCCACCGAAGUGCAAGCCAAAGUUCGAACAUAUAUUGCACAUAAAAGAUGUUCGAAAGAUUCAUCACCACCCAAUAUGAAAAGCAUAAUAGUACCUAUAUCAACAUUUCCUCCUACUGCAAUGGUUUACAAUGUAUCUAAGCAAGGAGUUGAAAAACAUAGCGAUGAAGAUGACGUAGAAGAAUCUAAACCCCCUGUUGACAUUGUGUCAGCUGCUAUUAUGGCUAAAGUAUUGGAGGAUAGAGAAAAGGAAAGAAUUUUUGCUAAACACUGUGAUACUUGCACAUGUCAUAAAAGUAUUUUAUUGGUCGAUGCUGAAUGCCAAACGGUAAAUAAUUCUGAUGGUUGUAACGAAUGCACAUUUAGACAUGUACAAAUUGAAGAAAAGCAUUCGGAAUAUAUAAACAAAAUUAAUAAAUCAUUACAAUCUAGAAGUAAUCAAAAUUCUAAUGCAAAUUCGAUCUUUCAAAAACAUAGCCAAGAUGCUAUUGACAAUGGAAACAUCCAUUUUCAUAAUAACAGUGAUUGUACAAAGUAUUCUAAUUCCAUGCAGUAUUUAUAUAACGUUAAAGAUAAUAAACUUGCCAUCAAGAGUAAUAAAAGUUUAGCAGAUUUAAGGGAUGAUAAUAAAAAAGAUUCAAUGAGACAAGACAAUAUGGAAAUCCAUACGCAGAUUGAUUUAAUAAAUAAUGACAAACAAACAUCUUUAAGAAGCAAUAGAAACGCUAAUAUGUCUUCUAAUAUAAUAGCUAAUAUACCUACUCUUUCUACUACAUCUGUUACCUUUAAUAACAUUACACCAACUAAUACUGCUAUUAACAUUAAUGGGGAUAAAUCAAAACAAACGCGUACAAAUAGAAAAUCCGAUUUUCUAAUAGACGCAAAAUCUAAUACAAGCAAUUGGAUUAAAUAUGAGAAAGAAACAUCUUCCUGUUCUUAUACUAUACCCGGUAACGCUGCAAAAUAUUUUAGCAAUAAAGAACAGACACAAAUAGACAUUAUUAAUGAUAGAUUAUGGAAAAAUGAAUGGAUAAAAACAAAAUUAGACACUAAUACAAAGGAUAAAAAUAAUGAUAAUAUUACUAAUGAUCCUGGAAUGGAUAUUAUUAAUAGUAGAGAUUGGAAAAAUAAUAGAAUUUGGACAGAGCCUCAAAAUCCUACCCAUUUAACUUUGAUUGAAGUAAAAAAUAUAGAUAACGUAAUGGCACACAAUGAUUGUAGACAAGUCGAAAUAGCUACUAGUCCAAGUUUUAGUAGCGACAGUGUUAUCAUUUCAACUUCCGAUCCACCUAGUAGUUCUAGCGAUAUUGUACAAUCUUCUAUUGGUGUACAAUCAAUUAAUUCUGUGAAUAAUCAAAAAUCUAAUUCCCAUAAUCGUACAUUAGGUUCAAGAUCCUGUCUUGUACGAUUAACACAUGGAUCAAAGAACGUUCUAAUAGAUAACGAUGGACAUUGUAAAGCUACCUUAUUUACAAAUACGAAUAAUAAACCAAAUGCAGCUUUAGUACAUACAAAAAAAGCAAUUACAAUUGGAUCAGAGAGAUCACCUCCUGUUACUAGUAAAAAACAUUCAGUUCUAUUACAAGAUAGUAAUCAAUUACAGAGAGUAGCGGAAUGGGUUCAAUCAUCUGUUUGCAUAGAAAAUUCUGUACAAAAUAAUUUAAAUGGAUUAAAAAUUAGUGAUAAUAGCGUUAACAAAGAGGAAAACUGUUUGUUCACCUAUGCGAAUGAAAAGUCUUCUAAUCAUAAAUCUUUUCAACUCCAUAACAAACAAUGCCAUGAUAUAAAUGAAAAAGAAGAAUUAAAUAAGGAAAUAGAUAGUAAUAAAGAAAUAGAUUCUUUAUUCCCUGGAACAAAUGUUAAUAGUAUGAUGGUGGAUGAUAAGGACAAAGAUUUAAUUACAUUUGAUAUACCUAAUGAAGAUGAAAAGAUACGUUCAUCUGUAAAUGAUAAAAAUUCUAUUGAUAAUAGUUAUGAAGUUAAGAUUACCAGAGAAAUGGAAGAAACGUAUUUAAAGUUGGCAGCAAGUUUAGAUCCAGUCACGCUUAGUUUAUCCGAUGCAAAUAACAGUGACAUUACAAUUGAAAAAUAUAGGAAAAAUUAUAAAAGGCUUCACGCCCAAAGAUCUCACGAUAAAGUAGGAUCUAUGACUUAAGCAUUUUGGCUGUUUUGAAAGAUUGCUACUUUUGCAGGAAGUUCCUUUUAAUGAUAUCAGAGUCUUAUUUUUUGUAAACAUGAUAAACUAAGGCUGUACCAAGUUGAGUCAUUUAGAAUGAAAGUUCUGCAUGUACAUGUCAAUGCAAAUGAUUAAAUAAUUUUUUGAUUUAA